GGGAAAAGGAGCCUACAUACAAAGUUACCGCCUCUAAAAAGAAGUUUAGGUACCAAAUCCCGAUCCUAACCAUGCCUGAGAUCGAUGACACCCUUAGCAAAUAACUAGGAACCAUGGUAUCGGUGUCGUUUCAGACCAUGCUGCAGGCCAACCCUAGGUUGCUUAAAGGGCUUGGACAACUGUUGACUCGGCGGCGAGUAGAGAUAGACGAGAACCCCGAAUCACCGGAAGGGGAAGGAGAGGAGGAGGCUCCGCAAGAAGUCGCUAACCUUGAGAAGAGUCGCAGGGAUUUGGAGGAUCUCGAGAAAGCCUUUGCGGACAUCCGUCUGAGCUUGCCGGACCGAGAGGGCGGCGAGGUCAUGAGGGCACCACCCGGGACAAAGCUUAGUUUUCAUGCACUGCCCGUAGGAAAGCUGAAAAUCCAGAUCGGGACUCACCAUACCGACGCAUUAGUAGACGGGGGAGCGGGAAUCACUCUCAUGGGGAGGGAUUUUGCAACAAUCACGGGCUGUACGGUAAAUAAGAAAGUAACAGGAAGCAUCUGGGGAGUCGGUGAGGAAAUUCCGUUCGCUGGGUAUGUCCCGAAAUGCGCAGUCAAGGCAGGAAUCAGGGAGUCAAUCUGGUCGUUUCAGUGGAUGACCGUAAUGGAGGAAAUGGACCACGACAUAAUCCUCGAGAAACCAUGGUGCGCAAACGUAGAAAUGAUAGGUAUGCACUUGCACGACGACACGUACAUGAUAAUCACUUUCAUAAGGAGGGAUUUCACGACAAUCACGGGUUGUAUGGUAAAUAAGAAAGUAACAGGAAGCAUCUGGGGAGCCGGUGAGGAAAUUCCGUUCGCUGGGUAUGUCACGAAAUGCGCAGUCAAGGCAGGAAUCAGGGAGUCGAUCUGGUCGUUUCAGCGGAUGACCGUAAUGGAGAAAAUGGACCACGACAUAAUCCUCGGGAGACAGUGAGGCGACGAGGGCAAUCCCGACCGUUCAUUUUUUAGGAUAAAGAUCCCGGAAGGAAGUGUUCAAAAAUACAAGCCGGUAGGAAAGAAAGCAAAAUCGGUCUCGAUCCUGCUAGAAACGUCGAAGGAAGAGGCUGUGGAGAAGGAGGAGGAAGUCCUCCGGGUGAUCCGAGAGAGGCGAGCAAAGGAAGGACACCGGAUACGAGAUGAGGUAACUGAAACAAUGAAGAUAGGGGUAGACGGAUUCUUAACGGAGGAAGAAAGCCGCUUGAUCAAAAAGACCUGCCAGGGGUUUCACCUGGCAUUUGCCUUUCGUGAUCACCAAAAGGGGCGAUUGGACGCGAAGCUAAUUCCUCCGGUCAUAAUCCACACGGUAGAGCAUGAGUGUUGGAAUGACAAGGGUCCGUCCUAUGAAUUUGGGAUAGCCGGGGAAGUGACAGACCUCCUUCGAGCAAAAAUGGAAUCCUUCGUCGCAGAUCCUACGGCGUCGUCAUACGGAAACCGGUGGUUUGUCUUUCGGAAGCCCAACAAGACGCUGAGAUGGAUUCAGGAUCUGCAGAAGUUGAAUGCGGCAACCAUCCGGGACGCUGACUCGCUACCUCAGGCCGAUUUAUUAGUAGAGUCGCACGUCGGCCGGAGCAUUUACUCCCUGAUAGAUCUGUACUCAGGGAAGCCAGAUCCGGCAAAGACGGACAAGAUAUCACAGUGGUCAACGCUCCUGCGCACGACAACGGAGUUCGAUCACAAAAUGGAACGGAUUGUGGGAAUUAGGAACAAGGCCGAUGGACUGAGUCGGGUCUGCAUCACUCCCAAAGGGGUGGAGGAGGCGGAGCCCAUAGACGCAUUCCUUGAUUACGAAGGAGAAACUCUUGCGGUGGAUGACGAAAUGAUGAGCAAAGACUGCGCGUUGGGAGAGCUGUUGAUCCGAACUUUGGAGAAGGGGGCACCUGCCGUAGUAUCAGAACUUAGAGAAGGACCAGUCACCUCUCGAGGUCACAAAGAGGAGAAAGAUUUGUGGGGAGCGAUAGUAGGACCAAAAGAGGAACUAAUAACAAUGGUGGUUGAGGGAGGCCGGGAAACCGUAAUGAGCUUAGUGGAAUCUUGGGAAAGGAAAGAGUUGCGAUGGGUGGUAAGCCGGAUGCAGGAAAGAAAGGAUGAGGACCAGGAAGGGAAGGGGUUUUUCUAUGCCCAGAUAUACAAAGGGAUCUUUCGGGAGAUCGGGUUGUUGCUGGUAGGAAACAAACAGCCCGUGGAAGUCAACAUUAAAGCAAGGGAGGAGGCUGAGAGGUACAAGUAUAUCCUGGAUGCGCGAGACAACUUAAGUGGGUUCGUGGAGGCGGUCGCUCUCAAGAAAAAGACAGGGAGAAGCGUAGCGGACUGGAUAAAAGACUUCUACUUAAGGCAUCCUUUCGCUACAAGGUUUAUAGCGGACAAUGAGACCGAAUUUAUGAGCCAAGAGGUACUGAGAAUGCUUAAUAGGCUCUGCGUUCCGAUCAAACUCAUCGAGGCGUAUCACCCGGAGGCCAAUGCACAUGUGGAAAGAGGGCACCGAACCUUAAAGAACACGAUUGCGAAGCUCGUAGCAUAUCAUCUGGGGAGUUGGCCUAGGUAUCUUAAGCAGGCUGUCUUCUCAGAGAACAUGACACCUAAGAGGACAACGGGAUGCAUCCCAGCAGAACUUUGGUACGGAAGAGAGGUCGACUUUCCCGUGGAAGCCUUGAUACCUACCUGGAACAGGUUAGAUAAUGAUCCGCAAAUGACCACGGAAGAGUUAAUCGAGGCGAGGUGUCAACAAGUCCUUAAGAACGAGGAGGUCAUGGAAGACAUCGCCAGCCGGGUACUAGAUAGCAGGAUAAGGGACAAAGCAAGGUGGGACCAGGUUAAGAAUGUCAGAAAGGAGUCACUUCAGGUGGGGGAGACGAUAUUGCUAAGGAACUCGACACUAGAAAGUACUUGGUUAGGACAACUGGGAGGAGGUUCAAAGGACGCUACUGAGUCGCCAAGCGGGUGAGAUUGAACACCUUCGAACUGGAAGAUUUGGAUGAAACUAGAUUGAAAGGACCCUUCCCGGGGCAACGAUUGGUCAUGUUUGUAAGUC